AUGUCAGCCCGCAUUCGUCGGUUACAGGUUGCACUCCAUAAAGACGGGAACCCGAGGCAACAAGAGAGUGCUCUGCGAAGAGGUCCGGUGCAGGAUCAACAUGGUCCGGCCGGAUUGAUGCCAUCGUCGGUGGCCGCUUCUAUUCAAGGUUCUGAACCGGGCGGCAGGCCCAGCCUGGUCCAGAAGUCGCAAAUUGACCGACUCAUAUCCGAGAUCGGGGCUUUGCCCAUUCUUGCCUCAUCUUCAGAUCCUUCUUGUCUUGACGGUCCGCACCUGGCGACCAUCGUCCUGGCGGCAGCCUCCGAGUCAAUCGUUGUGCCUUCAGUUAUCGACCUGAACCAGCUGGACGAAAUUCGCGCCCUCCUCCCAAGGGUUGAAACCGCCAGAAAGUUGGCAAACCAGUACUUCGCGCGUGUGUAUCCACGCCUGCCCUUCUUCUCAGUCCAGGGCUUCUGGACACAUUUCAGGCUCGCCUAUGACGACUCCAUGUCUGGCUCGUCAGUGCAGGACGACACGUCUCAUGCCGAAAACCCACCUCGACUAGCUGGCCAGGAGGCAGAAGAUGGCCUGAACAAAGUAACCAACAUCGGGUAUUCGUAUUUUACUGUCCUGGUCGUUUGUGCUAUCUCGACAGCAUCGCUCUCACGCAACGUCGAUUCUGUGAUCUCGCGUAGUGCGAUUGAGACCUUCCUGGCAGCCCUGCGCUUUCGUGAGCACGCAGUCCUUCCGAACACAAUAGCUGGGUUACAGGCAAUCCUGUUCCUCAUUCAAUAUGCUACUCUGAAUCCGUCACAAUUGAAUGCCUGGUACUUGGUUGGGGUAGGUAUGCGCAUCUGCGUCGAUCUCGGGUUGCACCAGGAUCCCAGUGCUUCAUCCCUUCAGAUAAGCGCCAGUGUGCUGGAGACGAGACGUCGGUUGUUCUGGUCCAUGUAUUCAUUUGACCGCUCAAUCUCCCUCGGCACUGGUCGCCCUUGUGAAAUCUCUGACAAGGUCAUUCACGUGGAUGUGCCCAAUUUCAGCAUCGGCUCUGAAGCUACCGAGGACGAAAUCUUGGGAUAUAGGCAAAGAUAUCAUGUCCUGAAACUCCAAUCACUUGCAUAUGAAAAGUUGUACAUGUCAGAGAGGCCGCAGAAUCCUGCUGAGUUGGUGGUUGAAUUGUUGGAGCAGUUCCAGGAUUGGGCUCGGAAUAACCCUAUAUCCAUGUCGGAACAUGCUCGUAUUCUGCUAAAGAGCGAGUGGUUGCAGGGUAUGAUGCUCCUCUAUCGGCCGUGUCGUGCGAUCCAAAAAAGGACACCACAAGACCUCCGGGAACUGUGGGAUGCGUCCCUCAGCUUCGCAAAGACAUACCGUGGAUUGGUGGAAGCAAAUGAGAUCUUUUAUGUACAAAUCGCCUCAGCAAAGGUCUACACUGUCGGCCUUGCAAUCAUCCAUGCUUACUGGCAAUUGCGGUAUGUUCAGGAUGUAGAUGACGACCUGCCAGGAAGCAAUCAUGAACAAGCCAGCACCGUGGCUUCACUACAGUCACUUGAUCUGUGGAGCGGAGUUGCAGAUGUCAACUUCAUGUUAAGAUCGCUUUCAGAUCGAUGGGAGGAGGGUCGUCUUCUGGCUCAAAAAUUCGAAAGGUUGAGCACGGCCGCUGUAGAGUUGCUUAUAAGGCCGCAGAUUAGACAAAGCCAGGAUACGAUUCAGGAGAUGGAGUCGCGCAUGCCCAACGAGGUUGUCCAGUUCUGGCGUCAUUCGGCUCCGACAGGAUUGCAUCUUGUUGACAUAGAUCGAGAUCGGGAUGGUGCUCGCAAUGAGCUGCAAGAACUGAUCUCGGAGAUCACUAAUGUGAAGUCUGCUAGAUAG